AGCGGCCCUUCGCACCAAUGCCGCCGCGGCCCGCCGGGUAUUCCUGCUGAUUCCGCUCGGACCGUAGGGCCCCCAGACCUCUCCCUGCUCAGGGAGCGUAAGUGUCAAACUGCGGGCGAGGGUCAAGCAUCCGAUUGUGCCCAUGCCGGAAGUCCUGGUGGACUGUGCAGGAGACUUUCCUGGCCUAUCAGAGGCUUAGGCUGCGAAAGAGCGUAAACAAUGCCGGCUGCAGUGAGCUAAAGCCUGGGGCAUCUGCUCUACUUCUGGGUGGUGACAGCAGCCCUAGGGUGCUUGUUUGGAUAUGCAGUGGUUGAGCGGUGUCCACGACCCAGCUUUGCCCCAGCCUGGUUCCUACUUGGGGAAUUACUCUUAAUUCUGAGGAGAAACUGGAAGCACAAUGGGAGAUGACAGUGAGUGGAUGAAAUUGCCGGUUGAUCAGAAAUGUGAACACAAGCUCUGGAAAGCAAGGUUAAGUGGGUAUGAAGAGGCCCUGAAGAUCUUCCAGAAAAUAAAGGAUGAAAAGAGCCCAGAAUGGUCCAAAUUUUUAGGACUGAUCAAAAAAUUUGUGACUGAUUCCAAUGCAGUGGUUCAGUUGAAAGGAUUAGAAGCUGCACUUGUUUAUGUUGAAAAUGCCCAUGUAGCAGGAAAAACCACAGGUGAAGUUGUAUCGGGUGUCGUAAGUAAAGUGUUCAACCAACCCAAAGCCAAAGCCAAGGAGCUAGGCAUUGAGAUUUGUCUAAUGUACAUAGAGAUUGAGAAAGGAGAGGCUGUGCAAGAAGAGCUCCUAAAAGGCCUGGACAACAAGAACCCCAAGAUUGUAGUGGCCUGCAUAGAGACACUGAGGAAAGCCUUAAGUGAAUUUGGUUCCAAAAUCAUCUUGCUUAAGCCAAUUAUCAAAGUGUUGCCAAAACUCUUUGAGUCUCGAGAAAAAGCUGUUCGAGAUGAAGCAAAACUAAUUGCUGUGGAGAUUUACAGAUGGAUUCGGGAUGCUCUGAGACCCCCAUUACAAAAUAUAAACUCUGUCCAGUUGAAAGAACUAGAAGAAGAAUGGGUCAAAUUGCCAACAGGUACUCCUAAACCAAGUCGAUUUCUGCGUUCCCAGCAAGAACUAGAAGCUAAAUUGGAACAGCAACAGUCAGCUGGUGGCGAUGCUGAGGGAGGUGGUGACGAUGGUGAUGAGGUGCCACAGAUAGAUGCUUAUGAGCUUUUGGAAGCGGUAGAAAUUCUUUCCAAACUUCCCAAAGACUUUUAUGACAAAAUUGAGGCAAAAAAAUGGCAAGAGAGGAAAGAAGCUCUGGAGGCUGUAGAAGUACUAGUGAAAAACCCCAAACUGGAAGCAGGCGAUUAUGCAGAUUUAGUCAAAGCAUUAAAGAAGGUUGUUGGAAAGGACACCAAUGUCAUGUUGGUGGCUUUGGCAGCAAAAUGUCUUACUGGCCUGGCUGUUGGGCUAAGGAAGAAAUUUGGACAAUAUGCAGGACAUGUUGUGCCAACCAUUUUGGAAAAAUUCAAAGAGAAGAAGCCUCAAGUGGUACAAGCCCUGCAGGAGGCAAUUGAUGCAAUCUUCCUCACUACCACACUGCAAAACAUCAGUGAGGAUGUAUUAGCAGUCAUGGAUAAUAAAAAUCCAACCAUCAAGCAGCAGACAUCUCUUUUCAUUGCAAGAAGCUUCCGCCACUGCACUGCUUCUACCCUGCCAAAGAGCUUGCUAAAGCCCUUUUGUGCUGCGCUACUUAAGCAUAUCAAUGAUUCUGCUCCUGAAGUCAGAGAUGCUGCAUUUGAAGCAUUGGGUACUGCUUUGAAAGUGGUGGGUGAGAAAGCAGUAAAUCCAUUCUUAGCUGAUGUGGACAAACUCAAGCUUGAUAAGAUCAAAGAAUGUUCAGAAAAAGUAGAGCUGGUACAUGGUAAGAAAGCUGGACUAGCCGCUGAUAAGAAGGAAUCCAAGCCUGUUCCCGGAAGGACUGCCACUUCAGGGGCUGCAGGAGAUAAGGACACAAAGGACAUUUCAGCACCCAAACCAGGACCCUUAAAAAAAGCACCGGCUACUAAGGCUGGUGGGCCACCUAAGAAGGGGAAACCAGCUGCACCAGGAGGUGCAGGGAGCACUGGAACCAAGAAUAGGAAAGGAUUGGAGACCAAAGAAAUAGUGGAGCCUGAGCUCUCGAUAGAAGUAUGUGAAGAAAAAGCUUCAGCUGUCCUUCCUGCUACCUGUAUACAGCUGCUAGACAGCAGUAACUGGAAGGAAAGGCUGGCCUGUAUGGAAGAGUUCCAAAAGGCUGUUGAACUAAUGGAUCGAACUGAAAUGCCAUGCCAGGCAUUAGUAAGGAUGCUGGCCAAGAAACCUGGAUGGAAAGAAACCAAUUUUCAGGUGAUGCAGAUGAAGCUUCACAUAGUUGCUUUGAUUGCCCAGAAGGGGAAUUUUUCCAAAACUUCAGCUCAGAUUGUCUUGGAUGGCCUUGUGGACAAGAUUGGAGAUGUGAAAUGUGGGAACAAUGCAAAAGAAGCUAUGACAGCAAUAGCCGAAGCUUGCAUGUUGCCGUGGACAGCUGAACAGGUUAUGUCAAUGGCUUUCUCACAGAAGAAUCCCAAGAAUCAAUCAGAAACUCUGAAUUGGCUAUCAAAUGCAAUCAAAGAAUUUGGUUUUUCUGGGUUGAAUGUGAAAGCUUUUAUUAGCAAUGUGAAGACAGCUCUUGCUGCAACAAACCCAGCUGUGAGGACUUCGGCCAUCACCCUGCUUGGUGUGAUGUACCUGUAUGUUGGUCCCUCUUUGCGAAUGUUCUUUGAGGAUGAGAAGCCUGCCCUUCUAUCCCAGAUAGAUGCAGAAUUUGAGAAGAUGCAGGGACAGAACCCACCUGCUCCAACCAGAGGGAUUUCUAAACACAGCAUAAGUGGUACAGAUGAAGGAGAAGAUGGAGAUGAACCAGAUGAGGUGGGCACUGAUGUUGUGGAUCUUUUGCCGAGGACAGAAAUCAGUGAUAAAAUCACUUCAGAGUUGGUGUCUAAGAUUGGUGACAAGAACUGGAAGAUCAGGAAAGAAGGCCUGGAUGAAGUGGCAGCUAUUAUCAAUGAAGCAAAAUUUAUCCAGCCGAAUAUAGGUGAACUGCCAACUGCUUUGAAAGGCCGACUCAAUGAUUCAAAUAAAAUCUUGGUGCAGCAGACGUUGAAUAUCCUCCAGCAACUGGCAGUAGCCAUGGGCCCAAAUAUCAAGCAACAUGUGAAGAACUUAGGCAUCCCUAUCAUCACAGUCCUUGGAGACAGCAAGAACAAUGUUCGGGCAGCUGCCCUAGCAACUGUGAAUGCUUGGGCAGAACAGACAGGCAUGAAGGAAUGGCUGGAGGGAGAAGAUCUUUCUGAAGAGCUCAAAAAGGAAAAUCCUUUUUUGAGGCAAGAGCUUCUGGGCUGGCUGGCUGAGAAACUACCGACUCUUCGUUCCACCCCCGCAGACCUUAUCCUUUGUGUUCCUCAUCUUUACUCGUGCCUGGAAGAUCGCAAUGGAGAUGUGCGGAAGAAGGCCCAAGAUGCCUUGCCUUUCUUCAUGAUGCAUCUGGGAUAUGAGAAAAUGGCCAAGGCUACCGGGAAACUAAAGCCAACUUCUAAAGAUCAGGUAUUGGCCAUGCUAGAAAAAGCCAAAGCUAAUAUGCCAGCCAAGCCUGCUGCAUCUGCUAAAGCAACUUCCAAACCAAUGGGAGGGUCAGCUCCAGCCAAAUUCCAGCCAGCUUCAGCACCUGUUGAAGAUUCUGUUUCCAGCACUGUAGAAACCAAGCCUGAUCCGAAAAAGGCCAAAGCUCUAGGAGUUUCCUCUAAAGCAAAGAGUGCACAAGGAAAGAAAGUGCCCAGCAAAACCAGCUUAAAGGAGGAUGAAGACAAAUCUGGUCCUAUUUUCAUUGUUGUUCCAAAUGGAAAAGAGCAAAGAAUGAAAGAUGAAAAAGGAUUAAAGGUGCUGAAGUGGAAUUUUACUACUCCACGGGAUGAAUACAUUGAGCAACUAAAGACUCAGAUGUCUAGCUGUGUGGCUAAGUGGCUACAAGAUGAGAUGUUUCACUCAGACUUUCAGCAUCAUAACAAAGCCCUUGCUGUCAUGGUUGAUCACUUGGAGAGUGAAAAAGAGGGUGUUAUUGGUUGCCUGGAUCUUAUCUUAAAAUGGCUUACCCUGCGGUUUUUUGACACCAAUACAAGUGUCCUGAUGAAAGCCCUAGAAUAUUUAAAAUUGCUCUUCACCCUGCUAAGUGAGGAGGAGUAUCAUCUUACUGAGAAUGAAGCAUCUUCCUUCAUCCCCUAUCUCAUCCUCAAGGUUGGAGAACCAAAGGAUGUCAUUCGUAAAGAUGUCCGUGCCAUCCUGAACCGGAUGUGCCUUGUCUACCCAGCCAGCAAGAUGUUCCCCUUCAUCAUGGAAGGAACCAAAUCCAAGAACUCUAAGCAAAGAGCAGAGUGCCUGGAAGAACUGGGGUGUCUGGUCGAGUCCUACGGCAUGAAUGUUUGCCAGCCAACCCCAGGGAAAGCCUUAAAGGAGAUAGCGAUUCACAUAGGAGACAGGGACAACGCCGUGCGCAACGCUGCCCUCAAUACUAUCGUCACCGUGUACAACGUACACGGGGAUCAAGUGUUCAAGCUCAUCGGAACUCUCUCUGAAAAGGAUAUGAGCAUGCUCGAGGAGAGGAUUAAGCGGUCAGCAAAGAGACCUUCGGCUGCCCCAGUAAAACAGGUGGAGGAGAAACCUCCGCGCACUCAGAGCGUAAACUCCAAUGCCAACAUGCUGCGCAAGGGACCAGCCGAGGACAUGUCCUCCAAACUCAACCAAGCCCGAAGCAUGAGUGGGCAUCCAGAGGCAGCCCAGAUGGUGCGCCGAGAAUUCCAGCUGGAUCUAGAUGAGAUUGAGAAUGACAGUGGUACGGUCCGAUGUGAAAUGCCAGAGCUGGUUCAGCACAAACUGGAUGACAUUUUUGAACCGGUCCUUAUUCCCGAACCCAAAAUCCGGGCUGUUUCUCCACACUUCGAUGACAUGCACAGUAAUACAGCAUCCACAAUCAAUUUCAUUAUCUCCCAAGUAGCCAGUGGUGACAUCAACACGAGCAUCCAAGCUCUGACACAGGUAAUGGGGGUAUGACAGUAAUUCCAUUGGCAGCAGAGGCU